AGUGGAGUGUGUUAAUGAUGUUAAUAGCAAAUGAUCUUCUAUUUUUUUCCCACCAGUAUCUAAAGACUAUGUCUCUGUUCCUGAGUAGUAACAGCACAUACAAGCCACAUGAUGGUGCCACACUACAGUACGCACCAGAAAUCAUUGGUUCCUUAAUUAUCUUCACUCUCACCUUUAUCCUGGGCCUCCUGGGCAACGGCUUGGUGAUCUGGGUGGCUGGCCUGAAAAUGAAGCGGACCGUGAACACUGUGUGGUUCCUGCACCUUGCCAUCGCUGACUUCCUGUGCUGCAUGUCUCUGCCAUUCUCCAUCAUUCACCUGAUCCUCCAUGAGUACUGGCCAUAUGGCUACUUCCUCUGCAAGGUUAUCCCAUCAGCCAUCAUCCUCAACAUGUUUGCCAGCGUCUUCCUCCUCACUGCCAUCAGCAUUGACCGGUGCCUGAUGGUGAUGAAGCCAGUUUGGUGUCAUAACCACCGUAACGUGAGGCUUGCAACAGUGAUGUGUGGUUGCAUAUGGCUCCUCGCCUCCAUUAUGUGCAGUCCUGCCUUCCUCUACCGUGAGACCGUCAAAGAUGAAUUUGGCAAAACUGUGUGCUGUUAUCAGUUUGGAGAUGAUAGGGAUUAUGGAGAUUAUAUAGAUUAUGACAAAAAUUCAGCCAUGAGCUCUGGCAUAUCCUGUGAUGAAUAUCCUGGUGGUUUCUCCAGUGCUAAUAUUCCUGGUAGCCUUUACAAUUAUAAUGACUUACUGGGGAACUUCCCCAUCUGCAGUCGGCCAACCACCCUACUGACCAUAAAUAUUACCAGGAUUAUCUUUGGCUUCCUCCUUCCCUUUAGCAUAAUGGCAGUUUGCUACAUCCUUAUUGCCAUCAAGAUGCACGGAGCCCUAUUUACCAAACCCCGUGGUAAGACCCUGCGAGUGAUCCUGGUUGUGGUGGUUGCCUUCUUUGUCUGUUGGGCUCCAUUGCAUGUAGCUGGUGCACUGUCUUUCCUAGCUAUGCCAGGAACUGGAUUUAGGGAGGCAGUAGCACUGUGGGACCACCUCUCUAUAGCACUGGCCUAUGUGAACAGCUGCAUCAAUCCUUUGCUCUACGUAUUUGUGGGGCGGGACUUCAGGCAGAAGGCACGCCAAUCAGUGCAGGGCAUCUUGGAGGGUGCUUUCAGCGAGGAAGUUACACGCUCCACUUCCUACUCACGGGACAGGACCAAGACUUCAGCAGACAGGGAUAUCAGCAAUAACACUCUCUAA